AUGGCGGUGCGGAGCCGCGGCGUUUGGCGGCGGCUGUUGCUGCUGCUGCUCCUGGCCGGCUCCGCCGCCAGCCCGGCGGAGGAGGGCGGCGGGCGGCGGGAGGCGGGCGGCGGGGAGCACGGCGAGGAGGCGGCGCGGCCUCACCACGACUCCUCGUACGGCACCUUCGCCAGCGAGUUCUACGACCUGCGCUACCUCUCCGAGGAGGGUUAUCCUUUCCCUACUGCUCCUCCUGUGGAUCCAUUUGCAAAAAUCAGAGUAGAUGACUGUGGGAAAACCAAGGGAUGCUUCAGAUAUGGUAAACCUGGAUGCAAUGCAGAGACCUGUGACUACUUUCUAAGUUACCGUAGAAUAGGAGCUGAUGUUGAAUUUGAGCUGAGUGCCGACACUGAUGGCUGGGUGGCAGUGGGAUUUUCCUCAGACAAGAAAAUGGGAGGAGAUGAUGUCAUGGCUUGUGUUCAUGAUGAUAACGGAAGAGUCCGAAUACAGCACUUCUAUAAUGUCGGUCAGUGGGCUAAAGAAAUCCAGAGAAAUCCUGCUAGAGAUGAAGAAGGGGUUUUUGAAAACAAUCGUGUAACAUGUAGAUUCAAGCGUCCUGUAUAUGUUCCCCGAGAGGAAACCAUUGUAGAUCUGCACUUGAGUUGGUACUAUCUGUUUGCUUGGGGUCCAGCAAUUCAGGGUUCUAUAACUCGUCAUGAUAUAGACUCACCACCCGUAUCAGAGCGUGUUGUCAGUAUUUACAAGUACGAAGAUAUUUUCAUGCCAUCAGCUGCCUAUCAGACCUUCUCCUCUCCAUUCUGCUUGCUUCUCAUUGUUGCACUGACCUUCUAUUUAUUGAUGGGAACUCCAUGA